GGUCAAAUGCCCCCUUAUCCUGCAAACAUGUAAACAUUUAACUGCGACUGGAGGGCAGCAUGCCUCCCUCAGCGCCGAGUGUGUUUUUUGACGGGAAUCAGAAUUGCAGUUCUAGGUUAGUUGGAGGCCGAGUUCAAGUUCAACUCUCCUCUGCGUGCCGUCUCACCUUACAGCCAUCGAGGAAUCUGUGCGGACAGGAAAUAACUGGUGUUUGUUUGUUUCUGUGUUAGGAGGACAUGAGGAAAUGUUCAACUUAAGCCUAACAUGUCGCCCUCAUCUCAGUGAGAUCAGAAGAUCCAAGCCAUUGACUAGUAGCCACGAACGUUUUUUUUCCCUUGACAAUGUUAGUUUGAGAUUAUUGUCUUUUCCUCACAGCAAAUGGGAAACUAAUGUUUUUGGAAGCCCGCACUGACAUUUGUCCUCUCCCUCUGGUCUCCUCCUCCGCCUCCUCUCUUCAUCUCCUCAUUCUCUCUUCUUCCUCCUCCUCCUCCUCCUCCUCCUCAAUCAGACGCUGGUGCGAGCAUCGGGGCUACCUGCGGUGCGUCCGUGCGUCACGAGCGCCUGCCUGUUGCUCGCAAGUGCACUUGAUUGAUCUCGGGAUUGAUUCGGUUCUAUCGCGUGCACGCCACGCAGGGAGGAAAUAUGAUUGCAGCGCGCGCGCGCUCCACGUUCUGUUGCUGAGCCGAGCUCUCUCUCUGAGACGCCGCGAUGGCGCCGUAGGCUGCUGUGUCGCUGUCUCGCGAGCUGGGCUGACCGCAUGAGGAUAGCAGUGCGUGCUGCUGAUGCUGAUGUGAGCCUUCGUGAUUUCUUUGAUUCCGACCCUUCAGCCGCGCGGGGACCUGUGUGAGUUACCGGGCAGCUUAGUUACCCGGGGCUCAAAUCCUGAGGCGCGAGUACGCGGACUGGACACCUCGCGGGUCUGGGAUCAUCGGUGAGGUGGAGAGAGCUGUGCAAGCGUCGAUAGAGGUUGGGGAAACGGAACUCUCUCUCUCUCUCUCUCUCUCUCUCUCUCUCUCUCUCUCUCUCUCUCUCUCUCUCUCUCUCUCUCUCUCUCGGACACAGCACUUUUUUCUCUAUCUUCCUUUCUGUCUCUGGUCACACACGCACACGAAUCGUACCGGUGUCGCACAGCACAGCACAUCACAUCACUGUGCUUAGCUGCCACCGACUCUCUCCGGUGCCGUGAUGUCCACCAAGCGGCCGUCUCUCCCGGAGGACCCCGCCGCCAGGAACGGGACCUCCAAACACCACUCUCUGGAGAGAUGCGCCUCCAUCAACGAAUACUUUGACAUCGCCUUCAAGGUGAUGGUGCUAGGCGACUCAGCGGUGGGGAAGACAUGUCUUCUGGUGCGCUUCAAGGACGGUGCCUUCCUGGGCGGAAACUUCAUAGCCACCGUAGGCAUAGACUUCAGGAAUAAGGUCGUGACUGUGGAUGAGCUCAAGGUGAAACUGCAGAUCUGGGAUACAGCAGGCCAGGAGAGGUUCCGCAGUGUCACACAUGCCUAUUACAGGGACGCCCAAGCUCUCCUGCUGCUCUAUGACAUCACCAGGAAGUCUUCGUUUGACAACAUCAGGGCCUGGUUGACUGAGAUCCACGAGUAUGCUCAGAAGGAUGUGGUCAUCAUGUUGCUAGGCAACAAGGCUGACAUGGCUGCAGAGAGAGUCAUCAAGCAUGAGGAUGGAGAGAAGCUGGCCAAGGAGUACGGAGUGCCUUUUAUGGAGACCAGUGCCAAGACUGGACUCAACGUAGAACUGGCCUUCAACGCUAUCGCAAAGGAGCUGAAGCAUCGGUCGGUGCAGCAGCAGCCCAGCGAAGCCAAGUUCCAGAUCCACGACUACAUCAAAUCGCAGAAGCAGAACACAGGCUGCUGCACACUCAUCUGAAGAGGAGAGAGAGAGAGAGAGGGGGGGGGGGGGGAUGAGAGAGAAAGAAUCAAGCAGUAUUUAGUCAGAAGGGACAACAGAAAGUGUGUGUGUGUGCGCGCUUCCU